AAUUAAAAUUAAAGGAAUGAAUUAUAAAAUGUGGUUGGGGUGUCCAUAGUUCAUUGAUCAUUCAAUAAAAGAAGAAAAAAACGGUUUAUACAAACUUUGUUAGCAUGGAAGAAGGAGCUCAUGAAAACUUGCUGCAUCAUCUAGCUUAUGAAGAAGCAGAGGAAACAGAGUCCUCUGAAAAUGCGAAAAACAGCAAAUUUCAGUCGAGUAAAUUUAUACUAUGGCUACAAAUAUUUAUCUUCACAUUUUUUACUAUUGGUGGUCAAGCAGCUGGGACUCUGUUGGGCAGAGUAUAUUAUGAACAAGGAGGCAAAAUCAGAUGGAUUGCUACACUAGCACAAACUGCUGGAUUCCCAAUUCUUCUGCCUUUUAUUUUCUAUUCUGCAACCAGAAAUCAAAAUGAACCACCUGUGAAUGCUAGUGUAUUUGUUCGCGCUUCCGUUUACAUCUUCCUUGGUUUAUUUCAAGUAGUGAACUCUAUGUCAUUUACCGUUGGAGUACAGUACCUUCCUGCCUCUACUUAUUCCCUAAUUUCCGGUACUCAAUUGGCGUUCAACGCCAUCACCUCCUUCUUCCUCAACGGACAUAAAAUCACAGCAAUUAUACUCAACUCCGUCGUGCUUCUCUCCUUCUCAUCCUCUGUUGUUAUUUUCCAGAAUGAAACUGGUGAUAGCGGUGAAAUAUCUCAGAAAUCUCUGCUGAUCGGAUUUGCAGUUACAACAUUCGGAUCUCUAGGUUACGCAUUACAGUUCUCAUUAACAGAACUCGCAUUCCAAAAGGUAUUCAAAAGUAACACGUUAAAACAAGUCAUGAAAAUGUCGUUUUUCAUAGGUUUUUACGUGACGAUUGCUUCGUUGAUUGGGCUUUUCGCGAGCGGUAAUUGGAAUGAUUUGGAGAAGGAAAUAGGAGAAUACAGAACAGGGAAAUCGUCAUAUGUUAUAAACUUGAUUUGUACUGCCAUUUCUUGGCAGUUAUACGCUGUUGGAUCAGUUGGAUUGGUUUACAAGGCUUCUGCUUUAUUCUCAAAUGUGAUAAUCAAUUUGGGAUCUUCAACUGUGCCAAUUUUUGCAAUGGUGUUCUUGAAAGAUAGAAUGAAUGGAUUGAAGGUGUUUUCAUUGUUAUUGGGAUUAUGGGGAUAUGCAUCAUAUAUAUAUCAACAUUAUCUCGAUGAUUUAGAGGCAAAAACAAGUGAAGUUAAAUCCUCAGAUGAUCAAGCUGAUAAUUUAUAAUAAACUUCCCUCAUUCAUAGAAUUUGAAUCAUAUAUGUAAACGUGUUAAAUAAUGACAAAAAUCCCACAUCGGUGAUUAAUGAGAUGGGUGGACUCUUUAUAAGGCUUGGGCAAUCCUCCUCCCUUUGAGCUAGCUUUUGGGGUGUGAGUUAGGCCUAAGACCUAAUUUCACAAAACGUGAAGAGUUCUAUGUUAUAAGUUCAAUAUGAUGUCGUUUAAAAAAGUAUAAAUAGUUCAAAAAGUUUUACAAGGGAUAAAUUAGUUAAA